UCUUGUCCUGGAUAUGACUGAACACAAGCUAGUUUUUCUCUAGUGACAGUUCAAAAAACCCUCAAGAUUAUGUUUCUCUUCCUUGUUGCUUUUUUGCCAGUGGUUUUUAAAAUUGGUUUUGUCAGCCUCUCAGCUCUGCAGCACUGGAACUGUCCUAAUGGAUACAGAUUAAAGACUGAAGACUCUGCUUGUGUAGAUAUCGACGAAUGCCUUGAAGGUGGUUUGGGAACCUGUGGCCAAACCUGUAUCAAUGUUCCAGGAUCCUACAUCUGCUCCUGUCUGCCUGGCUACACUUUGGGUAUUAACAAAUGGUCUUGCUAUGUGAAUGACCCUGCACCAUUCCUACUUUUUAGCCAUGGAACUGCCAUCUUUAGAAUUGACACUGAAGGGACCAAUCACGAAAGGUUGGUGGCUGAUACUGGUCAGUCAACGCUUAUGGAUUUUCAUUAUACAGAAGAGAAAGUGUAUUGGGUAGACUCUGAAAGGCGACUACUUCAAAGAAUUCACCUGAAUGGCACAAAACGAGAGAGAUUAUGUUACAUAGACAAAGGCAUUUCAGGAUUUGCUAUUGACUGGAUAAAUCAAGACAUUCUCUGGGCCAAUAGACAAAAAGCAACCAUAGAAGCGACAGACAUGAAUGGGAAGAAACGCCGAGUUCUCCUAAGAGAUGUUGGUCAUCCCACAAGGAUCAUCAUUGAUGCCGCGCAAAGGUUAUUAUUUUGGUCUUCAGAUGGUACAGUUUCCAGCAUACACCGAGUGUCCCUCGGUGGAAGUGAUGUGAUAAAUGUUUUAAGAACCACAGAAAAAAUCAAGGCCAUCUCACUAGAUUUGGUUGACACAAGGCUCUACUGGAUUCAGCAUGACCACGGGAAAGAGAUUUCCCAUAUUGGAUCAUGCGACUAUGAUGGUGGAGCUGUUCGUUUGCUCAAAAAUUCUAUCCGACAUCAAUUGCUUGGUAUGUCUCUCUUUGCUGAGCACCUGUACUAUUCGGAGUUGAAAUCUGGUAUGAUAUGGAGAGCCAACAAGUAUACUGGAGAAGUUGUAGUCACAAUUAGCCUGAAGCCAUCAUUUUUUCCACCACUGGAGAUAAAAGUGGUGCAUCCCUUUAAACAGCCAGGUGUAAGAACAGAUCCUCAGGAUUCUGAAAAAGGAACCUGUGAUUUGAACAAAGAAAAGUGCAGAAGAAGAAUCUGCAGGCCAGACUCAAGGACUCAUCGGUGUAAAUGUUCUACUGGCUUUAUUUUAAGUCGAAAUAAACAGUUUUGUGAAGAUAUCAAUGAAUGUGGUUUCUGGAAUCACGGCUGUACUUUGGGCUGUGUGAACAUCCCCGGUUCCUACUACUGCACCUGCCCAAGAGGUUUUGUUCUGCUGCCUGAUAGGAAAACAUGUCAUGAGCUAAUUCCCUGUACAAGUAACGACACUGAAUGUAGCCAUGAUUGCCUUCAAACAUCUAAGGGUCCUGUUUGCUUUUGUCCUGAAGGAUCUGUACUCAAAGUGGAUGGCAAAGCAUGCACGGGUUGUACAUCUCCAGAUAAUGGUGGCUGUAGUCAGAUAUGUUCUUCUUUAAGCCCGUCCUCCUGGGAGUGUGCUUGUUUUCCUGGAUAUAAGCUUCAGCGAGACAGAAAGCACUGCACUGCUGUAGGUCCUAAGCCAUUUUUGUUAUUUGCAAAUGGCCAAGAUAUCCGCCAGAUGAGUUUUGAUGGAACAGAUUAUGCAAGUUUACUUGACUGGCAGAUGGGAAUAGUCUUAGCACUGGACUCUGACCCGGUGGAAAAUAAG